GAUGUGGAGGAAUGCAGGCUGUGUGUCAAGGAAAGGGAGCACGGGGGAGAGUGUCUGUGCGCGUCUGUGUGCGCGGGAGAGAGAGGGAGAAGGGAGAAGAUGAGAGAGAGAGAGAGAGAGUGAGGGAGAGAGAGUGAGGGAGGGAGAGAGAGAGGCGAGGAUCGCUACAUCUCGGAUGCUGCUCCACUCGAGUCUGCUCUGCGAGAAGCAAAGAGAGCAGUCCGAGCGGCGCUGACGGCGGCAGACAGCAGCAGACAGCCUUCUCUCCCUGAUGCCGAGCGCAGCGGCAGGUGUGCCUUACCCUGCCGCCUGAUUUCCAAGGCAAUUACAAGUGUUGCUAUUUUGAGAGGCUGUGUGUGUGCAGGCUGCCCGGAGGACCAGCGCAGCGGGCUCAGCUGCUUUCCUCCCUUCCCGCCGUUCGCCUCCCCCCUGAAAGAACAGGAAGGCGGGCGCAGAGCAGAGGCUAGAGCCAUGGACUUUCCCGACAGGUAGAUCCAGGUGGACGGUUGGAAUAUUUUUUUGGUGGGUGGGUGGGGGGGGAGGUCACCGGAUAACUACGGCGUAUAGGGCAGGGCGUGAAAAGUUUUCGGCAGGGGUUCGGAAGGCCCGAAUAUCGCGAGGAGGAUGUCGAGUUUCGGGAAACUCACGGACUACUUUCACCGGCGCAAGUCCCGGGAGGAGCUCCGGGUGGGGCGGAGGGAGUCGCGGCGAAGCGGCAGCUACUGCUGCACUGUGGCUGAAGCCAGGUCACUGGAAAGGAAACUACAGAGACCCCUCCUGGCCAAGUCCCGCACCCUUCCCAGCAUUCCUCAGUCCCCUACCGUGGCCAGGGUGCUCCACUCCGAUCUGGUGGACGGCAGUCCUCCUCGCAGAAUACAACCCAGCACCAGCCACCCCAAGGCUUGCACACUGCCACCUGCAGACGAGGCCUGGAGGUUGGAGGACGACGAGGAAGAGGAGGGCGAGGAGGAGUCGAGCCACCUGCGCGCGGAGGUGCGCCCGCGCUCCCAGUCGCCCUUCUCCCAUUUCCGCUCGCGGGCCGCCUACCUGCGCAAGAGCGUCUCCGUGGACGACCACCUGGGCAUGGUGGAGUACAGUGCCCCGCCCCCGGAGGGCAAGGGCCGCCGCGGCGGCAAGGGCAAGCUGAAGAGGAAGUUUAGCCUGGGGUCUGCAGAUAGGAAGGAGGCACAGCAGAAGAAGCCCGAGUCCGGCAUCUCCAAGUUCACUCAGCGCCUUUCGCUCAAGGACCGGCAGGCCAAGCCCGAAAAGAACGCGCUGGACAGACCUCCGUCCUACAGGAGGCGCUCUCUCAGUCUGGACUGGGCUGAGUCUUCCAAGAUGACCCAGCAAAUGCGCGAGCACCCUCCGGCCCCGAGCAGGAAGUCUGCCAGCCUCUCCUCGCCCAGCGCCGCCCGUCGCCUCUACCGCAACCUUUCCGGCAAGUUCCGCGUGGGCAACCCUGGCCUGGAGGACAGCGUGGUGUCGGGACGCGGAGACAAGGAGCGCCUACGCAAGUCUGCCAUGUUCCAGAGCAACGAGGCCUUGUUCGAGGCGGUGGAGCACCAGGAGCUGGACCUGGUGCAGCUGCUGCUGUCCCAGUACAGCCUGGAGGAGCUGGACCUCAACACACCCAACAGCGAGGGCCUGCUGCCCCUGGACAUCGCCAUCAUGACCAACAACGUGCCCAUGGCCAAGCUCCUGCUGCAGGCCGGGGCCAAGGAGAGCCCGCACUUCGUGAGCCUGGAGGGGCGGGCGGUGCACCUGGCCACGCUGGUGCGGGAGGCGGAGCAGCGGGCGGCCGACCUGGCGGCGCAGGUGGCCAGCGAGGGGCCCGGCGACCGCGAGGCCUCGGACCGGGAGCGGCAGCUCAAGGCCUGGGAGUGGCGCCACCGGCUCUUCAAGCGCAUGCAGACGGGGUUCGAGCACGCCCGUCCGCCGGACGCCCCCAGCAACGUCCGCCUGUCCGUCGGCAGCAACUCCAGCCUGAGGGUGACUUUCCAAGAGCCCCUCAGCGUCAAUUCGGCCGUCGUGACAAGAUACAAGGUGAGCUGGAGCUGCGUUCCCUCCAUGUGUCCCCUGCUGGGAGAGAUCGUGGUGGAGGACACCAGAACCCUGCAGUGCACCAUCUCUGGACUCGCGUCGGGGACUCACUACUAUGUGCAGGUCUGUGCUUACAACAUGAAGGGGUGGGGACCUCCACAGUCAUCUGUCCCAGCCUGCGCAGCCCCCUCCAGCUGGAGGGAGAUCGACGGGCGCGAGCCGCGGCAGAAGGGCCAGAAGGAGGCGCUGGACCAGCUGCUGGAGCAGAUCAAAGACACCCACCGGCACUGCGUGUGCCACGAGCAGUGCAAAGCACCGGCGCACGCGAGGAAGCACUCCGUUUCCAAAAGCCUGCGCCACCUCUUUCAGCCCACCAGCAAAUUUGUGAAAAGCUUGAAGAGGGGCCUGUACUUGACCUCGAUAUUCUACAGAGACGACAACGUACUGGUCACUCCCGAGGACCAGAUUCCCAUUGUGGAGAUUGAGGAUUCCUACUCCAGCUCUCUGAUGCAGGAUUUCCUGUGGUUUACUAAGGUGUCCUACUUGUGGGAGGAGAUCUCCUGGCUGCAGCAGUGUCUGAGCCCCUCCCAGUCCUCCUGCUCCUGCGCCCUGCAGACGCGGCUCAAGACGCUGCAGGCCGUGUCCCUGCUUCAGGGCAUGCUGGGAACACAGGACCUGGGACGGGUGUACUUUGAGCCAAUCAAAGACAAGCACGGAAACGUGCUGCUGGUGACCCUGCGGGACAUGAGCUCCAGCCCCAGCCUGGACGGGGUGCGCUGGACCCCGCUGUGCAAGCUGCAGCUCCAGCGCAAGUCCAUCUCCUCCCCCGAGGAGCCCACGGCCCUGGACAUGCUCCUCAUCACUCUGCAUGAGAAGCUGGCCUACCAUCGGCGCAGCAGGAAGCAGCUCUCCCCAGGCCUGUACCUGGGCUACCUGAAGCUCUGCAGCUCCGUGGACCAGAUCAGGGUGCUGGUGCCGCAGAAGCUGCCCAACGUGCUGUGCCACGUCAAAGUCCGAGACAACAGCAAUGUCUCCAGAGAGGAGUGGCAGUGGCUGCAGGCCCUCAGCUGUCUGGAGGAGUCGCUGGAGAUGGAUCAGGACGUCCAGAGUGCUCCACACCGCCUCCUGCAGGACCUACGCAGCGCCUGCAAGGAGCUCAUUGCCCACAUCAACAUCCCUGUCAGCCAGGCACAGGACUUCCGCAUCUACAGCCAGGAGGUGCUGGAGUUUGGCGAGAAGGUUUCCUUCCUGCUCCUGUUGCCUCCCUCGGACGACGUGUGCACCGCCCCUGGGCAGAACAACCCCUAUUCCCCCCGGUCCGGCUUCCUCACGCUGCCGCUGCAGGUCUUUGAGCUGGUUCACUUUGAUGCGUACUGCCAGAGUUUCAUUGGCCAGUACUGCCGCGUGUCGGCCCUGCUGGAGCUGGAGUCCCUCAUGUCCCAGCAGAACUUGAGAGAGGCUUUCUCCGAGUCUGAACUACUGGGGGCCAAGCAGAAGCACCAGCAGGUCCAGGAGCACAUACAGCAAAUGGAGGAGGUGUGGAGGGAAGCGCGGUGGAUCAUGGAUGCCCUGCAGUACGCCCGCUACAAGCAGCCCUCUGGAGGCAUCUCCGUCGGCUGGAUCAUCGACUUCUCCAGGGACGUGGUUCCAGAAAAGCCGCCCUCCACCUCCUCCCAGCUCGACUACCUCCCCUCCCCUAUGCCCUCGCCGGAGACCAGCCGCAAGCACAACUCAGAUUUCCAUGGACUCUCUGAUGAAGAGGGCUCCUCCGAGGUCUUCCUCACCACAGACAGCGACUACGACUCCAGCCGUGCCCAGAGCCCCCGUGAGCUGGACCUGCUGCCCUCCUCGCCGUGUUCCUCGACGGCUGAGCCGGGCGGCUUCCUCCGCGAGAGCGUGGGCGGGGUCGGGGGCGGGGUCGGGAUGGGCACCCUCAGGGACUCCACCCCGGACGUGCUGCAGGCCUCGGAGCUGUCGCCGGGCGAGCCGGGCGAACGGCGGCGCGCGACCGAGCUCUUCGACAGCGACUUCAUCCUGCCCAGCAGGCAGAUCGAGCUGCUGCGCAUCACGGAGAAGAGGCAGGCCUUCUGCGUGCGCACCAGCAGCCUGGAGUUCCCCUCCGCCCAGCCCUCUGCCUCCCCCGCCUCCUCCCCGCACCGCCGCUGGCACCGGCCCUCCUCCGUGGACCGCUGCUGCCCGGCCGAGCGCUGCCACCAGCCGCCGCCCGCCCGCACCCUCUCGGAGGACAGCGGCUCUCAGCGCUUCUCGGAGCCGCAGCACAGCGCCCACAGGAGGGGCUGGCACGUCACUCUAAGGGUGUACCCGCAGUACCGCACGGGCCUGCCCAAGGAGACCAGCGUCAAGCUGCGUGUAACACAGCGCACCUCGGCGCGGGAGAUGGUCCGCCUGGUCGUGCAGGAGAUGAACGAGGUGUCCCAGAGGCUGCUGGGAAGCCCCGAGCAGUUUGUGUACCGGGAGGACCAGCUGGAGCACUUCGGCCUGGUGCUGGUGCUGGAGGACAAGGAGAAGUGGCUCCAGGACGACUUCCGGCCCCUGGAGCUGCAGAACCCCUGGCUGAGGGGCAGGCUGUGCGUGCGGGUCAAGGAGUACUCCCCCCUGGCUCUGCAGUUCAGCCGGGCCACCACCGUGUGAGGAGCACCGGGGCAGUCCUCCGCCUUCCCACCAUCCCCCCUGCUCUGGCCGUCGCACUUCCUGCAGAUAAGGAGCCUCUCCUCCCUGGAGGAGCGAGCUCUGGUCUCAGAGGCACACAGAAGGGCCAGAGGGAACCCAGGCAUGUCCUUGGCCUCUCUCUGUGACAGAUUCUCUUGAAUCCUUUCACAUGUAUCACACAGACCAGCACUGUUGCUGCCAAGCAUCGUUUGCUUUGUAUCUGUUGUUCCACGCACGCUGCAGUGAGAUAUCCUGUUAAGCUCCUCCUCCUCGUAUGCUUCCUUUCGCUUUCUCAUCUGGACACCAAAUGGAGAAACAAAAGUUUUCCAAAUAAAAGUUGGGACUGUUAAAAAGGAUGUGAUUUUCCAAGUCAUUGCAAAGAAGACUGAAGUAAUGCCAUGUCGGCAUUGACAAUAGCAUAUGACAAACAUGUGCGCCGUCAACAACAUGUGACACGGCCAACCAGCAGGCACCUACGCAGCACAGCAGAACAGCAAGUACGUGUCUUUUCUCAUGAGACCCUUCGUCAUGGAGGAGAUUUUGGCCGCAGCUGGAGGCUCAUCGCCCUGCACAUCCCGCAGAUCCCUGCAGCUUUUCCCGAGGAGAGCCGUGGGGGCUGGUGUGGCCGUACAGGCUUGUGUCCCCACACCAGUCAGAGCCGUGUUUGCUCACCCUCAGUGCAGGACGCCGCACUGCCUCUGUGAUCAUUCUUCCGACGAGAGAGCCAGAACCAUUUCACACUCACGCGAAACACGUGUGUGAUGCAAACAGCGGACGAGCGGGGCUGAGUGCAGAGAGAACACGUGCGGGAGCCUGGCAAAGUCUACUGAACGUCUGAAGCUUUUUAAUAUGUUGUCCGUUUCGCAAAAUUCAAAGGCUUGAAAGUGACAAGACCGGAUUCUUGUGUUGAACACAUACAAAGAGCAAAUAGAACAAAAAAAAAGAGAAGCAAUACUCUUCUUCCGUGAAUAUUUUUUUUUCUCAUUUCUUGAGAUUUAUUAAGGAGCUUGUAUUCUUCCAGAACUUUUUUUGAUGACUUUGACAAUGUACCAUGCUGUACUGAUCGUCAGUCUAGAACCGUGCUGUGCUUUGUGUCUUAUGGACCAGUGGUAUUCAAGUUGCACCAGUUCGGAGUGAUUGUUACUUAUGUUUUGUUAUUCUAUCUGUAUGUACUUCCAUCAGUGGUCCGAUGAAGUGAAAAGCCAAAGUCAGUCUCUCCUCACAGAGAUGGCUAAGGCCUGAAAACCAGCCCACAUUUACAAAUAUGCUGAGAGAGGCAAGGCAGUUUUGUUUAUUCUGACUUCCAAGAGCCUUGUGUUUACUUGUAUUGGUCCAAUAGGAAAUAAGUCUUCUUAACUGCUGUUGUUUUAUUUGUAAUAGAAGAGUCCUGGUUUCUCUGGCACAGUUUUAUCAUUGUGUUAGAGCUUGGGGAUAUCUGUUUACUCACUCUUUGCCACAGAUUUUACAAGGGCAAACAGCAAGAACAUGCACACACAAAAUGUACUUUAGAGACCAAGAAGACAACAAAGUAAUAAGGGGAAACAUAAUCUGUCCAAACUUUGUGUACAAAGAAUAAGUAAUGUUUUCUCUUGGUAACAUAACAGCUUCAUGGUUAUGUACAGUUAAUAAACUGGUCCAGUGUGUGUUUCAGGGCUACAUGUACAAAAGAUAGAGGUCUUUCUGAGGUAUUUAACCUUCAGAUUCCCUUACCAAUUAAAAGGAAAAAAAAGCCCCUUUUAAGGAUCAAGUGGCAGAAAAACUGGGGAAAAACUCAUGAAGGAAACAUAGCGUCAUUUUUAAAAGUCUAUUUUUAUUGAACAAUAAAUGAAUAUUAUAAAAGA